AGACGACUGUUUUCUCAGUGGUUCUUGGUCCGGAAAUUGUUGUCAAGGAAGCCCGGAAGAGGUAACUCAAGCGCUACAAGCGUGCUCACUACCCAGGAGAGAAGCGGAGGAGCAAGGGAGGCGGUGGAGAGGUGCUCUAGGUAGUGAUAACUUAUCAUUUCCUUUAAGAUGCUCUCCAAAUCCUUGGUCAUGGAAUAUUUGGCUCACCCUGGUGCACUCAGCGUGGCUGCCGGAGUUGCUUGUGGCAUGUGGCUGGGCUGGGGCCUCCAUGUGCGCUUUGGAAUGAUCCCCAAAGGCUCAGUGAGCAAGACAGAUACAGAGACUGGAACUGAAGCAAGCAUCUUGGGAGAGAGUGGAGAGUACAAAAUGAUUCUUGUGGUUCGAAAUGACUUAAAGAUGGGAAAAGGGAAAGUGGCUGCCCAGUGCUCUCAUGCUGCUGUUUCUGCCUACAAACAAAUUCAAAGGAGAAACCCUGAAUUGCUCAAACAGUGGGAAUACUGCGGCCAGCCCAAAGUGGUGGUCAAAGCCCCUGAUGAAGAAACUCUGGUUGAAUUACUGACCCAUGCAAAAAUGCUGGGACUGACUAUAAGUUUAAUCCAAGAUGCUGGGCGUACUCAGAUUGCACCAGGCUCUCGAACUGUGCUAGGAAUUGGGCCAGGACCAGCAGACUUAAUUGACAAAGUCACUGGUCACCUAAAACUUUACUAAGUGGAAUUUUGUAUGAUGCUGGUCCCACCAACCCCAAUUGUUUGAAACUAUCAAAUUGUAACAAUAAAACAUUAAUUUCUUCCCCCAA